AAAAUAGUCCAAGGUUGACCGUUUAAAAUAGAAGAAUAAUUACCGGGUCGUUUUGUGAAUGAAUACAGAUAGUGAAGCUCAUUGGCAACGUGACUCGACAUCUUUCGAGUGAUCAAGGAAUCUGGGAAAGAACUUUCCCGUAAUUUAACAGAUGCAUAUCUCUAGAUCCCUACGCUGAGUAAUCGGGGGUGCUGUAUUCAUACGCACCAGUCUGCCAGAGCCAAGAGACGUUUUCGGUUGGUGUGUACGGCUCUUGUGCGCUGUACGUCGUUACGUACCACAUACAUAUCUAUAUGCAUACGCACAUACAUACAUGCAUGCAUGCAUAUAACUUGCGAGGCGCAUGCAGUGUGCAUGAGUAGACAUAUUUCACCACAAGCUUACGUACGACGCAUGCAUAGGAGUAGCCGAAGUAGCGGGCGAGAGGGAAAAGACAGGAAGUGGAAGGGGAUACUCAACUGACUGGUGGAGACUCGGUCCUACAUGUGGGCAACCGCCGGUUUACAGUGAACGUAAUAUUGGGAAAUAGAUUGAAAACCGAGGACUAAGAGCCCAGAUCGCAAAGCAGAAAGAAUACAAAUGGAUCCGACCACGGUGCAGCUGAUACAGGUCCUCGAGAAGACCGUAUCCCCGGAUCAAAAUGAACUUGAAGCAGCACAGAACUUUUUGGAACAGGCUGCACAAGCGAAUCUUCAUGAGUUUGUGCAGCGUCUCAGUGGCGUGUUGGUCACAGCAGGAGUCAGCGCCGUUGCUCGCAUGGCUGCUGGUCUGCAACUCAAAAAUCAGCUGACAUCCAAAGAUCCAGCUCUAAAGAUACAGUAUCAAGAGCGGUGGCUCGCCAUACCGGCUGAGUCUCGAGACUAUAUCAAGAAAAAUAUCCUCGGUGCUUUGGGCACUGAAAAUAACAGACCCAGCUCGGCUGCACAGUGCGUCGCCUACGUCGCUGUUGCAGAACUUCCUGUUCAACAAUGGAGCGACCUGAUACCUGUCUUAGUGAACAAUGUGGCCGAUCCGAACAGCACAGAAAUGAUGAAGGAAGCGACAUUAGAAACGAUCGGAUAUAUCUGUCAGGAUAUUGACAGAGAUGUGCUUGUUGCUCAGUCGAAUCAGAUACUCACUGCUAUCAUACAUGGCAUGAAGGGUUCGAGCACUUCGAAUCAUGUUCGACUUGCAGCUACCAGUGCUCUCUUCAAUUCCCUGGAAUUUACAAAAGGAAAUUUUGACAUUGAGAGUGAGAGAAAUUUUAUAAUGGAAGUAGUUUGCGAAGCUACCCAGUCUACUAAUACACAAGUACGAGUCGCAGCUUUGCAGUGUCUGGUAAAAAUAAUGUCUCUCUACUAUCAGUACAUGGAACCGUACAUGGGCCCUGCACUUUUUCCCAUCACCCUGGAGGCGAUGAAAUCUGACAUAGACGAGGUGGCGCUUCAAGGAAUAGAGUUCUGGUCCAACGUGUCUGACGAGGAAGUGGACUUGUCUAUGGAGGAGGGGGAAGCGUGUGACGGAGGUCGACCUCCACUGCGAGUCUCUCGACAUUACGCAAAAGGGGCAUUGCAGUUCCUGGUGCCGGUACUUAUGCAGAAGUUGACUAAGCAGGAAGAAUUUGACGACGAGGAUGACUGGAAUCCGUCAAAAGCAGCUGGUGUAUGUCUGAUGCUCCUUGCGUCCUGCUGCGAGGACGCGAUCGUCCCCUAUGUCCUCCCGUUUGUCAAAGAGCACAUAAAAAGCGAGGACUGGAGAUUCAGGGAUGCCGCCCUAAUGGCUUUCGGUUCGAUUCUGGGCGGCUUAGAGCCGAACACUCUGAGACCUCUGGUUGAGCAGGCGAUGCCCACUCUAAUCCACCUGAUGUAUGACAACAGCGUAGUCGUGCGGGAUACGGCUGCCUGGACCUUCGGCCGGAUAUGCGAAAUAAUACCAGAGGCAGCGAUAAGCGAGACGUACCUCAAACCUUUACUCGAAUCCCUGGUGAAUGGGCUUAAGGCGGAGCCAAGGGUCGCCGCGAACGUCUGCUGGGCAUUCACAGGGCUUGCGGAGGCGAGCUACGAGGCUGCUGAGGCAACUGAUGAUGGAACACAGCCGCAGACGUACUGCAUGUCUCAGUACUUUGAUUUUAUUAUCCAGAGACUCCUGGAGACGACGGAUCGUGUCGAUGGAGCCCAGGCGAACCUCAGAUCCGCGGCAUAUGAAGCGCUUAUGGAAAUGGUCAAGAACUCGCCCGUUGACUGUUACGUCACCGUGCAAAGGACAACGAUGGUGAUUCUUGAGAGACUUCAACAAGUUCUUCAGAUGGAAACCCACAUUCAGAGCCAUUCGGAUCGGGCCCAGUACAACGACCUCCAGUCCCUGCUCUGUGCUACGCUGCAAUCGGUACUUAGGAAAGUUUCGCCUGAAGAUGCUCCCCAAAUUUCGGACGCCAUAAUGACUGCUCUACUCGCUAUGUUCAACUCAAACUCCUGCAAAGCUGGCGGAGUGCAGGAAGAUGCACUUAUGGCUGUAUCUACGCUCGUCGAGGUGCUCUGUGAAGGCUUCCUCAAGUAUAUGGAUGCGUUCAAGCCUUUCCUUUGCCUUGGCUUGAAGAACCAUGCUGAAUAUCAAGUCUGCUGCGCGGCAGUCGGGUUGACAGGUGAUAUUUGCCGAGCCCUCAAGAGCAAGGUCUUACCAUACUGCGAUGAAAUAAUGACUCUCCUUCUGGAGAACCUAAGCAACAAUACCGUGCACAGAUCAGUCAAGCCGCAAAUACUAUCUGUAUUUGGUGACAUUGCGCUAAGUAUCGGCCCUGAAUUCAGAAAAUACUUGGAAAUUGUUUUGCAAACUCUAGCCCAAGCAUCCCAGGCGAACGUUGACAGGAGUGACUACGAUCUAAUCGACUAUUUGAAUGAGCUCAGAGAGGGUGUCCUCGAGGCUUACAUGGGUAUCGUCCAGGGACUCAGGGGUGAUGGAACUUUGCCUAGUCCUGUCAGUCUUGUCGAGCCACAUGUUCCGUUCAUCAUACAGUUUAUCACCUCCAUCGCUCAAGAUCGCGAACAUUCAGAUAGUAAUAUCGCUGCUGCCGCUGGCCUCCUCGGUGAUCUGGUUACCGUUUUUGGCGUCAACUUGUUGCCCAUGGUCGAAACUGAGCCAAUAACUGAUUUGUUGACCAAAGGACGCAGGUCUCGAACUAACAAGACUAAAACUCUGGCGACGUGGGCCACCAAAGAAAUUCGCAGGCUGAAGAAUGUGCCACUUCAGUCUAGUUGAUCACCUCGUGGUUGUACUGUCGUGCAAUUUGAUUUGACUAGAAAACUAUCAAACACAAUACAAAGACAACAAGAUUGGAUAGUACGGAUGCGAAUUGAUAGAUGUGCGUGAGUUCCAAAAUGAUGGCGUCUACUGGUAAUGUUUAAAUCUACUGGGCCAGAUCUACCGGUAUCUGACCAGUCCAUGGUUGAAUGCCGAAAACUGCCUGCAGUAGAUCUGCUACAUGCCGACCGAAGGAUUACGGGAAGUGGAUGUUGCCGAUGAGUGAAACAAGAAUGAAGAUGAAAAUUCUGAUGAUGUGAGUGUGUCUGAGACCAAACUUGACUCAACUAAACUGAACUGUACUGUACCGUACUGUACGGACUCAACUAAACCGAACCAAACUGAACUGAAAACUGUACUGAACUGUACUGAACUAAACUGAACUGAACUACAGCCUAACCUGCGUAAUUACGACGGUGAGUUCAAGCCUGAGAAGACUUCAAAUUAUAAACCUGAAACCGAGCGACGCGGUAACUGUUUUCUUUUGUUGUCCGAUGUAGCGCGUGUUGUGUGAAUACUCCAGUAAGUUUAUUGGGUAAACUUGAAUUGCUGCUCGAGAAUGUUUGUAAUGUUGAACCAUUUGUUACGAGAAAAUAAUGAUUAUGAUGAUGAUGAUGAUGAUGAUGAUGAUGAUAACCAUAGCGAUAAUAAAGUAUGAGCACAAAUAGUAGGAAAGUUUCUGAGUAAUGGGUGGUUACGCCAAUGAAAUGUGUCUGUGAUGAUAGAAUGUACGAUAGGAUAAAUUUUCUGUGUGAAUGAGAAUACGGUAGAGUUUCACUAGUAAUUAACGGUCGGAGUGAAUGAUUUUAUAAUCCAAUGAAUGAUGUAAGUCAUAUUGUUUCGUAUGUGCUUGUCUGCUGCUAUCGAUGAUACAUUAAAAUCUACGUGUUUUCUUUUUCGCUUCAUAA